CUCUCUCCCUCCCUCCCUCUCUCUCUCUGUUGCCGCUACCCGCCGCCUCCCCCUUUUUGUUCCUCUUCCUCACCCACCCCCUUUCUCUCUGUCUCCCUGGUCCCUACACCUCCAGUCUGCUUCUGUUGUCUCGGCGGAUUGUUGGGCGGCGGGAGAGAAAAGGAUAUCGCGAGUAUUGGAGUUUUGGUGAGAGUUUGUGGAAGAUGGCGCCUGUUGUGACAGGGAAGUUCGGGGAGCGCCCUCAGCCACUGCGCCUAACAAGAGAAGCGAUGAGGAAUUACCUGAAGGAGCGAGGUGACCAAACUGUCAUGAUCCUGCACGCAAAGGUUGCACAGAAAUCCUAUGGCAAUGAGAAAAGGUUCUUCUGCCCUCCUCCCUGCGUAUACCUGAUGGGAAGUGGCUGGAAGAAAAAGAAGGAGCAGAUGGAGCGAGACGGCUGCUCCGAGCAGGAGUCGCAGCCGUGCGCCUUCAUCGGCAUCGGCAACAGCGAUCAAGAAAUGCAACAGCUUAAUUUAGAGGGAAAGAACUAUUGCACAGCCAAAACCUUGUACAUAUCCGACUCCGACAAGAGAAAGCACUUCAUGUUGUCCGUCAAGAUGUUCUACGGCAACAGCGCUGACAUCGGUGUCUUCCUCAGCAAGAGGAUCAAAGUCAUCUCCAAGCCCUCCAAAAAGAAGCAGUCGCUCAAAAACGCCGACUUGUGCAUCGCAUCGGGGACCAAGGUGGCGCUGUUCAACCGGCUUCGGUCCCAAACGGUCAGCACGCGCUAUCUACACGUGGAGGGCGGCAACUUUCACGCCAGCUCCCAGCAGUGGGGCGCCUUUUACAUCCACCUGCUGGACGACGAGGAGUCAGAAGGAGAAGAGUUCACCGUGAGAGACGGUUACAUCCACUACGGCCAGACGGUCAAGCUGGUUUGCUCCGUCACCGGCAUGGCCCUGCCCAGACUGAUCAUCCGUAAAGUGGACAAGCAGACGGCGCUGCUCGACGCCGACGACCCCGUCUCCCAGCUCCACAAGUGUGCCUUCUACCUGAAGGACACGGAACGCAUGUACCUGUGCCUUUCCCAAGAAAGGAUCAUCCAGUUUCAAGCCACUCCAUGCCCGAAGGAACCAAACAAGGAGAUGAUCAACGACGGCGCCUCCUGGACAAUCAUCAGCACAGACAAGGCUGAAUACACUUUCUACGAGGGCAUGGGCCCGGUCCACUCGCCUGUCACCCCCGUGCCUGUGGUAGAGAGCUUACAGCUAAACGGUGGAGGCGAUGUCGCCAUGCUGGAGCUGACGGGACAGAACUUCACUCCAAAUCUGCGGGUCUGGUUCGGAGACGUAGAGGCGGAGACCAUGUACAGGUGUGCGGAGAGCAUGCUGUGCGUGGUGCCCGACAUCUCCGCCUUCCGCGAGGGCUGGCGCUGGGUGCGGCAGCCCGUCCAGGUGCCCGUCACGCUGGUCAGGAACGACGGCAUCAUCUAUUCCACCACGCUGACCUUCACCUACACGCCGGAGCCCGGGCCGCGGCCGCACUGCAGCGCCGCCGGGGCCAUCCUGCGGGCCGGAAGCUCCAGCCUGCUCAGCAACAACAGCCAGGAGGCCGGCCCCGGCGUCUACGGCCCCAACAGCACCUCCAACGCGGGAGUCACGUCCUCAUCCUCCGCCGCCGCAGCCGUGGUCUCCUAACGCACACAGGGGGCCACUCAAUGCUAUAUGCCUUGUACCACAAGGUAUAUAAAGACUACGGGAAAUAAUAAACAAAGACUGACUCACUCUAAAGUGCUGCGUAUUAAUUUUGGAUACAAAGAAGCUGAAAUGGAAAAAGAAAAAGGGUGGGAGAAAAAGGAGCGAAACGCAGGGGAAAUCUGAAGGAGUGACAUCACAGCGCUGUCAGCCAACGGGAAUAAGCGAAGAAAAAAAAAAAGGUGCUCCUCGACACGCCCUCUCUCCCGUGGCUACUUUAGGGACCUGCCUAUCCAGCUCUGGGGUUUGGAAUGAGUGACAUUCCUGCAGGCUCGGAGCACCAGCACCUUUCUGCGGCUGUGAGAAUGGAAACCACAACAACAAUACAUCCAAAUACAUGGACAAAAAACAACAACAAAAAAAAACGAAAUCUCUUGGAAAAGGAAAGUAUAUUUUUUUUGCGCCACCCUGCUCCCCCUCCUUUUUGCUCCCAAACCUCCUCCCACCACUUGUUUUAUAAUUAUUCCUUUUUUUUUUUGCAUUGAUUUGUGGUUUCCUAAAGGGGGCUGGAUGUAUUGUUGUUGGAGGGAGCGCAGAAGGAUGCAGAGGGACACACAUAAAACGUGAUGAUAACAUAGUUUUUAUGGACCAAGGAUCUUGUAUAAGCUUUAGUAAAGGUACAUUUUUCUCCAUACCUUUUUUGUAUUAAACAUAUAGUACACUUUUGUUACCAAAUAGUUUCUAUUCUUCCUCUGAGCUUGGGCUUUGUUUUCCCCCUUUGAGGUCCAAAAUACCAACCUGUAUGUUAUUGUGACCUUACUACAAACGCCUGUUGUUCAGUCUAUCGGAUUGGACUUUUAAAAAAAAUGUUUUGAUACUCUUGCUUCUUCUGUUGGGGGGGGGGGGGGAAUAUGAAGUCUGGGUUGUUUAUUUACAUGAGCGGAAGGUUGGGUUUUUGUUUGUUUGUUUUUUUUAGAUUGGGGAAUAACCUCAGAGGGCCUAUGUUUUUAUCAUUGGUUUUCAUGAAGUCUUUAAAAAGAAAAGCUUUAAGCAACGCCUCUGCCUUGCCUGCAAUACUCUAUGUGCGCUAUGUCUCCUUUUGGAAAGUAUACACAUCAGUACAUCUCACACGGAGCCACAGCAACAUUUGCAGAAUACGUGAAAACAAAACAAACAAAAAAAAAAAAAUAGACUUCCACGGUUACGAAAGCAAGUCUGUUUGAAACUAAUGUAACAAGCGUAGUCAUUGAAAGGAUAGCCUUAGUACUGUAUAUUCUUACUGUGUACACAGUCGAACCGCUCACAUAUCUAAUAUCCUGUAUCUGUUGCUCUGUCGGUCACUGUUAGCGAAUCAUAGCGUCGUGAAACUCCAAAAGCUGCACCUCCCCAAAAGGUGUCUUCCAUCGUGUCCUGUGAGUUCUGCUGGCGUUUUUUAAACCCCAGCGCUUUUUCCAAAAAAA